GCCACAUGGAGGAGAAACUAGGUGAUGACAUUAUCGACCUUGAUUUGGUUGAUGGUACGCCCACCCCAGCCUGGCCUUACCAUUGCAUUUUUCUCAUGCCCGUGCAUCGCUCAACAGAUUCCGAAGCCACGCCAGCGGAGGUUUUGAAAGACUUUUGUGAAGAUGCUGCUUUUCUUGCAGACCGUCGCCGAGUCCUUCGUAUAAAGGCAGGAUUGAAGGAAUCUGAGAAGCACAAGGUGCCCAAGUUCAAGUUCGUCGUUGUGGACGGGCAUGACAUGGGAGAACGGGAGGCAGCUCUUUGCUGGUCUUCGGUGCACUACCGCUUGAACCCUUGGAAAGAUCACUUUGAACACGAGGCAUGGGCAGAAGUUGAAGCUGGAGUCGUGAAAUCGCCGGGCCACGAGCGGGUUGAGCAGCUGAAGCAGAUCAUCCACGGGCGCUUGAAGGCAGUUCAUUUAGGUGUGCAAUAUGCUGACCGAAAGUGGCAAAAAGACGCCGACAAGAGGACGAGGGAUGAGCAAGCCCCAGCCCGUGCAGGAGCCUGCAAAAAACCCAGACAACGCCGAGACGCUUCCAAUGCCCGACUCUGCGACAUGGACACCAUCUCCCAUCCAGCCCAUGAGACCGUUGCCGCCCAAUUCGCCCAGCCCUGCCCCGAUCUUGAAACAAGUCCAAAGCCCAAAGCCUCGUCAAACCUUGAAGAGACUCCUGCCCAGCUAGCAGCCAAGCAGCAACAGCUUGAAGAUGCCCUCCAAAGCGAAGACGAACCGGUUGACAGGAAGACCGCGUUCAAGGAUCGUAAACCUCUCGUGGCAGAGAUGCCUGAGAUACCUGCUGACAUGAAGGCCACUGUCGAUGAAACACUUGCAAAAGAAUCCCAAGAAGAAGAAGCUUCCCGAGAAAUUCGGAAGGCACAGCUGGCAUUGCGACAGCUGCAAAGGGAGGCGUUGCAGGAAGCAGAGGACCCUGAUCGUGUCUAUGCAGAUGCUGUGGCAGAGGAAGAUGAGACAAAGUCGAAACGAAGAGCAUUGCUUCAGAAAGCAAAAUCAUCAACUCCCGAAAGUGACAAGAAAAGGGCACUGAAAAACAAGGACAAGGCAAACAAGGAAGAAGAUAAACCUGAAGCGGUUCCAGCAAAUGAACCUGAACAGCAUGUCAAGCAACCAAGAAAAAAACGAAAGUCACAGAAGGACGCAUCAGAGCAUGCAGCGAACGAGGAAAAAAACAAGGAUGAUGUGGAUGUCGCUGCCCCAGGGCCAGACACUGAACCUGUCAUUGCUGACAAAGGGCCGAGUGUGAAAGGUAAAAAGGAUGUGGCAAAAGACAAAGAGACAACGAAGCCGGAGGCAGACGAGGUAGCAAGACAAGAACAGGAAGCAAAGCAAAAGAAAAUUUUCGAGGCACGAAAUGCCAACUACAACUUGUUGAAGGACAUCGACGAUCUUGCCCGCAUCAUGCCUACGCUGGACCAGCUUGGCCAGUCAAAGCUGCGAACUCAGCUACUCCUCUCGAGAUCAGUGGCGGCCUCUUACUACGUCGCCAAUGCCACAGAUGACACCUUGGACCUUCUGAAAUUGGAGAAAGGAAUCAUGCUUCAGGCUAACAACGCAAAAUCCAGAGGUGUCAGCAUUGCUUGGAACAAGCAUGGUGGUCCAGAUGCAGCGUCCAAUGCCCAGUGGGUAGGGGUGCUGCCACCUGUGGAUCAGAAAUCGGGCUCCCAGGGCUCCCAUCUCAACAUUAACAGGUGGAAAAUGGCAAAACUCGCCGCUGGGUGGGAAGUCCCGGUCACGGCUGGCUCAGUGGUAGAUUGGAAGAUUGGACCUAGGCUCCACCUUGUGGAUUUCGUGGUGCAGUCUACACCUCCUGAUGAAUGGGCCAGAGUCUUUAGCUUAGCUGAUGUGAACUGGGAAGACGUCUACGUGCUGGAUGGCUUCGCUGGAAAAGGUGCUAUCAGUGCCUAUUACGGUGGGGUCCCCAGCAUUGCAGGUGUAAGAAAGGACCGCUUCGAUGUGCUGGAUGGCCCUACGGGUGACAUCUUGGACCCGCCCAGCCCCAAGCGUGUUUAG